AUGCAAAGGUAUCAUGCCACCGGCUGCACUGGUGCAGUUAAUAACAACACAAUAGGUGGGGCAUCCGGAAGGGAUUCUGUCCGAGCUGAAUCAUCUACGCUGCCAGCUCACUUACCUAUAAAUUCUAGGCGGCCAUCUCAAAUAGCACCUUACAAGUUGAAGUGUGAGAAAGACCCUUUGAAUGCUCGACUUGGGCCACCUGACUUCCAUCCCCAAACCCCAAAUUGCCCAGAGGAGACACUUACCAGGGAAUAUGUCCAAUCUGGAUACAGGGAGACUGUUGAUGGAAUUGAGGAGUCCAGAGAGAUAUCACUUAGUCAGGUCCAAGGUUUCAGCAAGCCUCUUGUCUUCAGGUGUAGAGAGGCAAUCAAAAAGCGUCUUAGAGCCAUAAAUGAAUCUCGUGCUCAAAAGAGGAAGGCUGGUCAAGUCUAUGGUGUUCCUCUUGCUGAUUCACUAUUAACAAAGCCUGGUGUUUUUCCGGAACAAAGGCCCUGUGGUGAAGACUUACGAAAAAAAUGGAUUGAGGGUUUAUCACAACAACACAAACGCUUGCGUUCUUUGGCUGAUCAUGUUCCUCAUGGGUAUAGGAAAAGAUCUCUAUUUGAAGUUCUAACAAGGAAUAAUGUUCCAUUGCUGAGAGCAACUUGGUUUGUUAAAGUCACUUAUCUUAAUCAGAUCCGGCCAGGUUCUUCUAGUAUAUCUGGGAUACCUGAUAAAACUCAGUUGUCUCGCACAGAGCUCUGGACCAAAGAUGUCAUUGAAUACUUGCAGUAUCUUCUCGAUGAAUUCUUUUCAAGAAACAAUUCACUUCUUAGUUCACACAAUAGAGAUCGGUCACAACAAAUGCUUUAUGCUGGGUCAGUAUCACAACGGAGUGAUCCAGCAUCAUCACUCCUUGAUGGUGAGGAGCCUUCCCUACAUUUCAAGUGGUGGUAUGUGGUACGGCUUUUGCAAUGGCAUCAUGCCGAAGGGCUGCUUCUUCCUACUCUUAUCAUUGAAUGGGUUCUACGUCAACUGCAGGAGAAGGAAUUGCUCGAGAUUGUGCAGUUGCUUUUGCCUAUUAUAUAUGGUGUUCUGGAGACUGUUGUUUUAUCUCAAACUUAUGUGCGCAAUCUUGUCGGGACAGCUGUUCGUUUCAUACGCGAACCUUCCCAAGGUGGAUCCGAUCUUGUGGAUAACUCCAGAAGGGCGUAUACAGUGUCUGCUCUGGUGGAGAUGCUUCGUUAUUUAGUACUCUCUGUACCUGACUCGUUUGUAGCUUUGGAUUGCUUUCCCUUACCACCAUGUGUAGUCUCUUAUGUAGCAAACGAAGGAAGUUUACCGAAGCUGUCUGAUGAUGUGAGAAAGAUUAAAAUUGGGUCAGCAGAAGUUGCUUCUGUAUUUAGAAGUAAAGCUUUUGAUGCUCAAUUUCAAUCAUUGGCCUUUGAUCAUGUUGUUUCAUCCAUUCAGAAGCGUGCUGAUAAUCUUGAAAAGUCUACAAGCCCUAGCUAUCCAAACCAUAGUAUUGCUAAAGCGGUACAGGCCCUAGAUAGGUCUCUUGUGCAGGGGGAUGUUCUUGGCGCAUAUAGAUUUCUGUUUGAAGAUCCUUGCGAUGGAAUUAUGAAUGAAAAUUGGGUCGCAGAAGUUAGUCCUCGCUUGAGAACUUCAUUGAAAUGGAUUGGGACUGUGAACCUGUCAUUUAUUUGUUCAGUAUUUUUCCUUUGUGAGUGGGCAACUUGUGAUUUCAGGGAUUUUCGAACCGCUCCACCUGGUAAGUUGAAAUUUACUGGCAGAAAAGAUUUCUCCCAGGUGCACAUUGCAGCUCGGCUUUUGUUACUAAAGAUCCGAGACUUACAAAGUUCACCUCAGCAUAAGAAUGACAACCCUGCUAAAGGUUCCUGUCAGCAGAAUAAUUUCCCUGUCCGAAGUUUCAUGGGAAGUUCUUAUGAAUCUAAAAAUAAGUCAAGUGUCCACCAAAGAAGUGUGAAAUCAUCAAAUAUAUUUGAGAGUCCUGGCCCUUUACAUGAUGUCAUAGUUUGUUGGAUUGAUCAACAUGAUGUAGGAAAAGGAGAAGGUUUCAAGCGCCUCCAAUUUCUUGUGAUCGAACUCAUACGCUCUGGUAUUUUUUACCCCCAUGCCUAUGUUAGACAGCUGAUAGUUAGUGGCAUUAUGGAUAUAAAUGGGCCAGUCAUUGAAUCAGACAGAAGGAAGAGGCAUUAUCAGGUCUUGAAGUUGUUGCCUGGGCUCUUUAUGCAUGAUGCUCUGGAAGAAGCAGGGAUUGCUGAAGGCCCCAAACUUUUGGAGGCUAUGUGUUCUUACUCAAAUGAGCGGCGCCUCAUACUUCGUGGAUUUCUCGGUGAUCAUAAUAAAAAUAUGAGUAUGAAGUCAGCUCUGAAGCAAGAAAAUAAUGCCAUCCCUGGAAAGGAUGGUGGUUUGCCAGUUUCUGCUGAUCAGUGGAAGACAGUUGAGUUGCCAUCCAACAUUUUGCCUGGCAAAAGUGGCAAGAGGGGCAAAAGUGAUGCUGAUGUUGAAGAGCUAAAGGAAGCAAUCUCACUACUGUUGCAACUGCCAUAUAGUUCCACCCCACCAACAGAUACAGGACUUGAAGAAUCCCAAGGGAGUUUGAAGAGGCCUUUUGGGUUGAUCUCGAACAAGAUGGAUUUUGGAGAAGGUACUCCUGGGUGUGAAGAAUGCAGAAGAGCAAAGAGACAAAAAGUUAGUGAGGAAAGGAGCUCAUAUAUCCAAGGAAAUUCUCCAAUUCCUUCAGAUGAUGAAGAUACUUGGUGGAUGAGGAAGAUACCUAAAUCCUCAGAGCCGCUGAAGGUUGAUUUACCAGUCAAGUUAACUAAACAGGUAUCUAAGAAUCGGCAGAAAGGACCUCGCAAAACUCAAAGUCUUGCUCAACUAGCAGCUUCUAGGAUUGAGGGGAGCCAGGGAGCUUCUACAAGUCAUGUCUGCAACAAUAAGAUAAAUUGCCCUCAUCAUAGAUCUGGACUAGAGGGAGAAGCUCCAAAACCUACAGAUACCACCAAAAUGAACCAUGCUGGUGAUAUUGUUUCGAUUGGAAAAGCUUUAAAGAGGCUGCGAUUUGCAGAGAAGAGGACUAUUACUGUUUGGUUAAUGACUAAUAUCAGGCAGCUUGUUGAAGAGACUGAAAAGACAAUUGCUAAGGUUGGCCAGUUUGGUAGAAAUUUCACAGCAGUUGAUGAUAGGAGCUCGACACGGUGGAAGCUUGGUGAGGACGAACUUUCUGCUGCACUGUAUUUUAUGGAUGUUUCUGAUGAUUUAGUUUCAGCAGUAAAGUUUCUCCUUUGGCUGCUGCCAAAGGUUAUUACUAGCCCCAAUUCUACUAUUCAUAGUGGGAGAAACAUCCUACUGCUGCCAAGAAAUGUUGAAGGCCAAGUGUGUGAAGUUGGGGAGGCAUUUCUAAUAUCAUCCCUCCGAAGGUAUGAGAACAUACUUCUUGCAACAGAUCUCAUUCCAGAAGUCUUAUCAGCAACAAUGCACCGUGCUUCUGCAGUAGUGGCAUCUAACGGAAGACUUUCAGGUUCGGCUGCCUUAGUUUACAGUCGGUAUCUGUUGAAGCGGUAUGGCAAUGUGGCUAGUGUGAUUGAAUGGGAGAAGAGUUUUAAGCUAUCAUGUGAUAAGAGGCUUUAUUCUGAACUUGAAGCUGGGCAAUCAGUGGAUGGAGAGUUAGGGUUUCCGCUUGGUGUUCCAUCUGGAGUCGAAGAUCUUGAUGAUUAUUUUCGCCAAAAGAUUAGUGGUGUCCGGCCAUCUCGGGUGGGUAUGAACAUGAGAGAGAUUGUUCAAAAAAAUGUGAAUGUUGAUGAUGCCUUCCAGUAUUUUUCUGGCAAGGAGAGAAAACUCUUUGCUGGCAGUACUCCUAAAGCUCCUGCAGUUGAAAAAUGGGAUGAUGGGUAUCAGAUAGCUCAUAAAAUAAUAACUGAACUGAUGGACUGCAUUCGGCAGACUGGUGGUGCUGCUCAAGAAGGCGACCCGACUUUGGUGUCAUCUGCUGUUUCUGCUAUUAUCGGUAAUAUAGGGCCAAUUCUAGCGAAAGUUCCUGAUUUUAGAGCAGUGGGUUAUCCAUCUGCCACUGAUUCCUUACACUUUGCUAGACGUAUUCUGCGCAUCCAUAUAAGUUGCCUGUGCCUUCUGAAGGAAGCUCUUGGAGAGCGUCAAACUCGUGUAUUUGAGGUAGCUCUUGCCACAGAAGCUUGUUCUGCUCUUGCUGUGGCCUUUUCUCCUGGAAAGGGCUCUCGGAAUCAGUCUCCUGAAUCCCAUGAUUCCAAUGAAGUUUUAAAUAGCUCUUCAAAAGUAGUGAUUGGGAGAGCAACAAAAGUUGCAGCUGCUGUUUCUGCUCUAAUCAUUGGGGCAGUUAUUAAUGGGAUUACUAGCCUGGAGAGAUUGGUGACUGUGUUCAGGUUUAAGGAAAAGUUGGAUAUAAUUCAAUUUGUGAGGAAUAGCAGAUCCAACUCUAAUGGUAAUGCUCGUUCUGCUGGGGCACUUAAGGGUGAUACCUCACUUGAAGUUUAUGUUCAUUGGUUUAGAUUGCUUGUUGGAAACUGCAGAACUGUUUCAGAUGGAAUGGUUGUGGAACUCUUGAGUGAACCAUCCAUAAUAGCUCUUUCCAGGAUGCAGCGAAUGCUUCCUCUCCGUUUGGUUUUUCCACCUGCUUAUUCAAUAUUUGCCUUUGUUAUAUGGCGGCCAUUCCUUCUGAACACUAGCCUUGCAGUUCGCGAAGAUAUUAAUCAGUUGUAUCAAUCUUUGGCAAUAGCUGUAGGUGAUAUUAUUAAGCAUUUGCCUUUUCGUGAUGUCUGUCUGAGAGAUAGUCAGGGUUUUUAUGAUCUUGUGGCAGCAGAUGGCAGUGAUGCGGAAUUUGCAGCCAUGCUGGAGUUGAACGGUUCAGACAUUCAUUUAAAAUCCAUGGCUUUUGUUCCAUUACGUGCCAGGCUUUUUCUGAAUGCCCUUCUUGAUUGUAAGAUGCCAAACUCUUUAUUCACACAGGGGGAAGGAAAUCACCUAUCUGGACAGGGUGAAUCUAAAGUUCACUAUUCAGAGCGCGAAACAAAGCUUGUAGAUAAGCUUGUGCAUAUUUUAGAUACCCUUCAACCUGCAAAAUUUCAUUGGCAGUGGGUAGAGCUCAGGCUCCUUUUGAAUGAACAAGCCCUCAUUGAAAAACUAGAGACACAGGAUAUGUCUUUGGUGGAUGCCAUACGUUCAUCCUCACCUAGUCCAGAAAAGGCUGCUGCCUCUGAAAAUGAGAAAUAUUUCAUUGAAAUCAUCCUUACAAGAUUAUUGGUUAGACCUGAUGCCGCUGCCCUUUUCUCAGAUGUGGUUCAUCUCUUUGGACGGUCACUAGCCGAUUCUAUGUUGUUGCAGGUUAAAUGGUUCCUGGGUGGUCCAGAUGUUCUUUUUGGACGAAAAACCAUUAGACAACGGCUUAUGAAUAUUGCCGAGAGUAAAGGACUUUCGACUAAGACCCACUUUUGGAAACCUUGGGGCUGGUUCACUUCUGAAUUUGAUAUUCUGACAAACAGGGGAGAUAAGAAGAAGUUUGAAGUCACUUCCCUUGAAGAGGGUGAGAUGGUUGAAGAGGGGACAGAGUCAAAAAGGCAUGGGAAAGGAUCCAGUCCAAUAUUUGACAAUGAAGGCCAAAGUGUCUCCCAGCAGCAUGUGACAGAGAGGGCUCUCAUUGAAUUACUUCUUCCUUGCAUAGAUCAAAGUUCCGAUGACUCACGGAACACUUUUGCAAAUGAUUUGAUCAAGCAGUUGAGUAACAUCGAGCAACAAAUUAGUACAGUGACUCGCGGGACAAGCAAGCAAGCGGGACAAACUCCUUCUGGAAUCGAAGGUCCCACGAGCAAAGGAAAUAAUCGCAAAGGAAUACGGGGUGGCAGCCCUGGAUUAGCUAGACGUGCAGCAGGAGCAGCAGAUUCUGCUCCACCGUCCCCUGCAGCUUUGCGUGCUUCUAUGUCGUUGAGAUUGCAGUUACUCUUGAGAUUGCUUCCAAUCAUCUAUGCAGAUAGGGAGCCAUCAGCGCGGAACAUGAGGCAUGGGCUUGCCUUGGUUGUAUUACGCCUUCUAGGAAACAGAGUUGUACAUGAGUAUCAAAGCACACCCUUAACUCCCUCGCAGAGUUCUUUAUCCAAGAGGGAGUCAGAUUCUUCAACAGAUGCGGCCACUGCUGCUUUCACUGACUUGUCAAGCGAAAGUCUCUUUGACGAGUUAUUGUUGGUUUUGCACGGGCUGUUAAGUAGUUGCCAGCCAAGUUGGUUGAGAUCUACUAAGCCAACAAAAGAAAGUGGGAAAGGUUUUGUGGCAUUUGAUCCUGAACUGGCAGAGAAUUUGCAGAAUGACUUGGAUCGCAUGCAGCUGCCUGACUCUGUUAGGUGGCGUAUUCAAACUGCAAUGCCUGUAAUAAUUCCUUCUAUUCGGUGCUUUGUGUCGUGCCACCCACCACCAGUUCCAAACAUGGCUUUGGCUGUUCUUCAGCCCAGCACAUCAAACUCUGGGAUUUACUCCACAAACUUGAACACACCUCAGAAAAAUCAGUUUCCUCUGGCACGAACAGUAACUACUGUAACAGGGAAGUCAAAGCCAUUGCCAUCCCAGGAUAAUGAUAUGGAGAUUGACCCAUGGACACUCCUGGAAGAUGGUGCAGGAUCAGGCCCGAGCUCAUGCAACAGUGCUUUGAUAGGCAGUGCAGAUCAUGGAAAUCUUCGAGCAUCUAGCUGGCUUAAGGGGGCUGUAAGAGUAAGACGGAAGGAUCUUACAUACAUUGGUGCUGUGGAUGAUGACAGCUGAGUUUAAGUUAACUAUCUUCUUGAUUUUUCUGGAGCGUUCUGGAGCAUGAACCCUCGCAGCAGGUAACUUCAUGGUUUCAUUCACUGUGCAUAAUUAGUAUGAAGAUCACUGUGUUGCUCGGGUCCAUUCCUUCGAUUUGAGAAGCUGUUGAAGGAAAUAUUUUUUUGCGGUGUGGAGUGGGGGCAGGGAGGGGUCGUUUUGGAGGACUUGUGUAGAUGUUCUCACACGGCCCAUGUCACCCAGGGCCUGCUUGACUACUAACCCUUUGAUCACCCCCAUCCACCUGUGUACCUCUGCCUGCUGUUCGGAGGUCUGUUGUAUAUAUAGGAAUCUUUAUUCAGUUUACCAAUUGAUCAGAGUAAGAUAUCUUCAGAAUUAUAUGUAGCUGUUCUUCUCUUUUAAUCAUUAAUUUCUAUUUUUCUGUUC